GGAACCUCGCGAGGGUUGCUGGGAUUGGGAUUUUCCCCUCCCACGUGCUCCGGACUGGCGCUAAAAGUUUUGAGCUCUUCAAAAGUCCAGAGCUACCAUCCUGGACGCAAGUAGUACCUGGGGUCCGGGGUCACGUGGCGUCCAGCCUUGGAGCGUGCAUCCCAGGACGGUGACACGCUCCCCUGAGCUUCGGUGGCCACACUGCCUCCCAGGGAGCUGUAAUGGAGGAGUCUCAGGCAGAACUCGGCGUGGAGCCCCCUCUGAGUCAGGAGACGUUUUCAGACUUGUGGAAGCUGCUUCCUGAAAACAACCUUCUGUCCUCUGAGCUCUCCCCGGCCGUGGAUGACCUGCUGCUGUCCCCAGAAGACGUUGCAAACUGGCUGCAUGAACGUCCAGAUGAAGCCCCACAAAUGCCAGAGCCUCUUGCACCAGCUGCCCCCACCCCGGCCGCCCCAGCACCAGCCACCUCCUGGCCCCUGUCGUCCUGUGUCCCUUCCCAGAAGACCUACCCUGGCAGCUAUGGGUUCCAUCUACGUUUCCUACAUUCUGGAACAGCCAAGUCUGUAACCUGCACGUAUUCCCCUGCCCUCAACAAGCUGUUUUGCCAGCUGGCCAAGACCUGCCCGGUGCAGCUGUGGGUCAGCUCACCACCCCCGCCCGGCACGCGGGUCCGCGCCAUGGCCAUCUACAAGAAGUCAGAGUACAUGACGGAGGUUGUGAGGCGCUGUCCCCACCACGAGCGCUGCUCUGACUACAGCGAUGGUCUGGCCCCUCCUCAGCAUCUCAUCCGGGUGGAAGGGAAUUUACGUGCUGAGUAUUUGGACGACAGAAACACUUUUCGACACAGCGUGGUGGUGCCCUACGAGCCGCCCCAGGUUGGCUCUGACUGUACCACCAUCCACUACAACUUCAUGUGUAACAGCUCCUGCAUGGGGGGCAUGAACCGGCGGCCCAUCCUCACCAUCAUCACGCUGGAAGACUCCAAUGGUAAACUGCUGGGACGGAACAGCUUUGAGGUGCGUGUUUGUGCCUGUCCUGGGAGAGACCGCCGCACGGAGGAAGAAAAUUUCCGCAAGAAGGGGCAGUCUUGCCCUGAGCCGCCCCCUGGGAGCGCUAAGCGAGCACUGCCUACCAGCACCAGCUCCUCUCCACCGCAAAAGAAGAAACCACUGGAUGGAGAAUAUUUCACUCUUCAGAUCCGUGGGCGUGAACGCUUUGAGAUGUUCCGAGAGCUGAAUGAGGCCUUGGAGCUGAAGGAUGCUCAGACUGGAAAAGAGCCAGGGGAAAGCAGGCCUCACUCUAGCCACCUGAAGUCUAAGAAGGGGCAGUCUCCCUCUCGCCAUAAAAAACUGAUGUUCAAGAGAGAAGGGCCUGACUCGGACUGACAUCUUCUGCUUCCUGUCCCCUGUUGACACCCCCAACCCCCGUUCCCCCCUUCCCUGCCAUUUUUUGAUUCUCAGGUGCUUCAACCUCUGCUUGGUGCAGGUGUGCCGCAGAAACACCCUGGAAUUCUUCCACUUGCUUGGCCUGUGGCUCUGCUAAAGGGGUUGGCCUGCACUUGUGGUUUUGGGGGGAGGUAGCUGGGGCCUUCCAGCUUAGCGUUUUAAGGUUUUUACUGUGGGGAGCAUUUGAGAGAGGUAGGAAAACGUUCCUGCAUCUAAGGAACAUUUUAUAAGCAGCCAUACACUGGGUUGGAAGCCCAGUUCUCCACCAUACUAGCCAGGGAAGCUAUCUUAAGUGAGUGAGUUUCUCCGAACUUGAUUGUCCACAUUUACAAAAUGCUGAUAAUCAUACCUACCUCACGGAGUUUGUUGUGAGGGUUAAUGAAAUAAUGUAUGUCUGACCCCCGAACCAUCUUUUUAUUACAUGAUGUCUGGGACUUGGUGCCUUUGCGGGUGCUGGUUCUGUGUUCCCCUUGGUGGAUGAUUUGAUAGUUUCUAUGACUGGAUGGCUGGGCAAGGGGAAGGAAUUUCCAAGGCCCUUCGCUCCUGGCCCUCCCGAAUCCUAUCUAACCUCUUGGUGAACCUCAGCACCCAAGGGGAAAUCUCACCCUAUCCCACAUCCAGGAGGAUUCCAUCCCUGGUUUAUCUACCGAGAUCUGUUUUAUUUCCCCCAGAUGCUCCGGCAGAUUUCUUUUGUACUCUGCAGGGCACAUCUGCAUUUGUCACCCGCACCCCUCCUCUUCCCUUUUUAUAUCCCAUUUUUAUAUUGAUUUCUUAUUUUACAAUAAAACUUUGUUACCA